UUUGCAGAAACAUAGCAAAACCCCAGAUUUUUUUUUCUCACAACAAGACCCAAACUUCGAACUCAACGAGAACAUAUAACCAAAAAAGGCAAAGAGAGAGAAAUAUAUUCACGAAAUUGCUUACCUUUUGUUUUACUCCGCAGUUUCUUCUUUUAAAUAUUUGAGACAGCAUUUUCCUCUGUCUUUUUCUCUUUGUGAUUUUCCCUUCCUCUGGUUUUGGUUUUUCCCGAGAAAAUCAAGCUAGAAAAUAGGGGAUCGAGUAGCACGAGAGAAGCUAAACCCAACCAAGAAGAAAGCUCUGAGCAAAAGGUUCAAUUUUUAUAUUUCUUUCUUUCAAAACUGCUUCCUUUUAUUCGCUGAGAACUCAGUGAGAAGUCAUUCUUUCUUCUCCUUCAAAUCUCAGCGUAAUUUUCUUUACCAGACGUUUCCUUCUGAAGAAAAAUGGCUGAGUCGACCAAAGUAAGGCUAGUUCGUUGCCCAAAGUGCGAGAAUCUCUUAUCAGAGCCUGAAGAUUCCCCAUUUUUUCAGUGCGGUGGCUGCUUCACUGUUCUUCGUGCCAAAAUCAAGGAGCGUCAAGUAGAUUCGGUUUCAGAAAAGUCUGUGGAAGAUAGAGCCAAACCAGUUUCAGUUAGCUCUAGUAGUUCCCCAGAAAAAGCAAUUGUGGAUUCUAGUGAAACAUCAUCCGACUCUGAUGUUCCAUCAAUUUCUGCUUCUUUGAGACACCAGCAAAAUAUUCCAGUUGCUGUUGAGACUGAUCCUUGUUCAAAGCCUAAAGCUUUUGAUGCCGGUAACAGCUCUAUACUGGGGGAUAAAGAUGACCCGAAAUCUCAAUCGGGGAGACAAGAAUCGGGUUUGGAUCGGUUUAGGAAAAGAACAACCAAGAGAUGCGAUUCUGAUGGUGCCAUCAACAGAUUAUCCACUUCAAAGUAUCCUUGUGAUGAAGGCACUUCUUCUUCUACUACUAACUACUUCCCAAGUUCACUCCAUGAGUUCCAGAAACAUUUAAAAGAUCAGAACGAUGAUGCGAUAGAGCAUGACCGAGCUGGACUUCUGAGACAGUUGGAUAAGCUCAAAGAACAGCUUGUUCAGUCUUGCAAUGUGGCUUCUGACAAACCUAAAGAACAGCUUCCUAGUUCUUCGUCUUCCACGGGGUUGAAUAACAGGCCGCCUCCAAUGCGGUUUCACAGUUCGGGAAAUCACGCCGUUGCAGGAGGUCCAUCUUAUUACCAUCAACAUCCUGAACUGCAAUUUCCUUACACCAACAACAACAGCAGCAACGACCAUAGUCUGAUGCAUCCUUCUUAUGGAGAGCCUCACAGGUUCCAGAUGCACGGAAGAGGUCCUCCUCCUCUGCAACCAUCUCAUCCGUACUUCUCGGGACAGUAUGUUGGUAACCAUAUCAACGGUCAUGAUCUCUUUGACGCAUACCCGCAGCAAAACGGCCAUUUUCAUCACUCAUCUUGCUCUUGUUACCACUGUUAUGAUAACAAAUACUGGCGAGGUUCAGCACCGGUGAUCCUCCCUGAUGCACCCUAUAACGCAGGUUUUUAUCCUCAUGAUAGCGUUAUGGGUUUUGCUCCACCGCAUAACCCUCGAACCUACGGCUCUCGUGGUCUAUCGCCUCAUGGAAGAUGGCCUAGUAACUUCAGUGAGGCACAAAUGGAGGCUCUUUCACGGGUUCGUCCUCCUAAAGUUGUGUUAUCAGGUGGAUCUCGACACAUCCGCCCUUUGGCAGGUGGUGCUCCUUUUAUAACCUGUCAAAACUGCCUUGAGCUUCUGCAAUUGCCCAAGAAACCAGAAGCUGGAGCGAAGAAACAGCAGAAAGUGAGGUGUGGAGCAUGCUCGUGUCUUAUAGAUUUAUCUGUUGUCAACGACAAAUUCGUUGUCUCUACAAACACAGCUUCUUCAACGAGACAAGGAGGAGCUCGUGUAGCUGCUGAUUACACUUCUGAUGACUAUGAUCUUCUUGGUUACGUGUUUCAUUCCUUGGAUGAUGAACCAAGAGAUUUUUCAACUGCUCCGGGAGUGAUGUCAGACAAGUCUCAAGAAAUGCAAAAUGUUGAUUCUCACUCCGCUAGCCUUUCCGAGGACGAGCUAAGCUCAGACAGUCUAACGGCUAAACCACUUGCUCAAGCUCAAGACUCGCCUAUAAAAGAAAACUUUGUGAAUUACUCUUCGAUCAAUCAAGACCGGUCUGGAGCGGGUAGCCGUAGCUCGCGUUCAGAACAAGACAGGGUCACAUUGAGUAAGACAAUGAGACAGAACUCCAUGAAAGAGGUGUCGCUUGCAAGUGAGAUGGAAGUUUCCUUCAAUGACUACUCCCAUCACAACAGUGGAAUAUCAAAAGAUCAUCAGCAGCAAAGAUCCAAGAAGAACGGAUUCGCUAGCAUCGUGAAGAAAAGCUUCAAGGAUCUGACAAAAUCUAUUCAGAACGAGGAAGGGAACAAAAGCAACGUUACGAUAAAUGGGCAUCCUUUAACGGAACGCCAGCUGAGAAAAGCAGAGAAGCAAGCCGGAGCUAUUCAGCCAGGGAACUACUGGUAUGAUUACAGAGCUGGAUUCUGGGGAGUAAUGGGAGGUCCAGGUCUAGGAAUAUUACCGCCAUUCAUAGAAGAGUUGAAUUACGCGAUGCCAGAGAAGUGCGCAGGUGGAACCACGGGAGUGUUUGUGAACGGAAGAGAGCUUCACCGUAAAGAUUUGGAGUUGCUUGCGGGGAGAGGUCUUCCUCCAGACAGAGAUAGAUCCUACAUUGUCGACAUUACAGGUAGAGUCAUCGAUGAAGAUACCGGUGAAGAACUCGAUUGCCUCGGGAAACUCGCCCCGACGAUUGAGAAGUUGAAGCGUGGGUUUGGGAUGAGACUUCCAAAGAGAGCUGCAUGAAGGAAGAUCUGGAGAGAGAGAGAUGUUGUUAUCCCCACCGAAUCAUUCUAGUAUAGUAU